CUGAACAGUUACACUCUCAGGCAGGUUAUCAUCGCUAAUUCUUGCAGAACUCCUUGUGAUAUCAUAAAAUGCCAAGGUCGAGGAGACCUGAAUAUUUGACUUUAGCCUUGGAGAGAAUUUCCAACAUUGGAUUUGCUGAUGUGAAACACUGGUGCCUAAGAAGAUUGCCAAUAUUGUCAUGGGCUCCAAGGUACAGCCUGCAGGAGAAUCUGCUUGCCGAUACAGUAUCAGGGAUGAUGCUGACAAUCCAGCAAGUGGCACAAGGUGUGGCAUUUGCUGUUAUGUCAUCAGUCCAUCCAGUGUUUGGCUUAUAUAGUUCUCUUUUCCCACCACUAAUAUAUGCAAUUUUCGGCAUGAGCCACCAUGUUUCAACAGGAACUUUUGCUAUCACUUCUCUGAUAUCUGCUGGUGCAGUUGAGCGACUUGUUACUUCAAACAAGGAAAACUUCACAAAUAGCUCACAGGGCUUUCUGGGCCUGUCUGAUUUUGAAAUGCAAAGAAUAGGCGUUGCGGCAGCUGUAACUUUUCUGGGUGGCAUAAUACAAAUAUCCAUGUGUUUACUACAGCUUGGCAGUGCAACACUCCUCUUAUCAGAACCCGUGGUUAGUUCAAUGACAACCGGAGCGGCUACUCAUGUUGUAACUUCCCAAGUAAAGUACUUUUUAGGAAUGAAGACGCCUUACAUAUCGGGACCAUUGGGCAUGUUUUAUAUUUAUCAUUACAUAUUCAGCAACAUCAGCAGUGUUCAAGUUGGAGCGUUGCUAUGGUCCCUUUUUUCCAUUGUCGUUCUAAUUCUGGUUAAGGAAUGUAAUGAACAUUUUAGAAGUAAAAUCAGAAUGGUCAUUCCGAUCGAUCUACUUUUGAUAAUUGCAACAUCAUUGGUUUGUUAUUUUGUGGAUAUGGAGAAUGUUUAUGGAAUAAAUGUUGUGGGACCGAUUCCAACAGGAAUACCAUUCCCUCAGGUUCCGCCAAUGGAUACUUUAACGAAUGUUGUGGUUGAAGCCUUUAGCUUUGCAUUGGUUGGAUACACUGUGUCAAUAUUUCUGGCUCAUAACUCAGCAAAGAAAUUCAAUUAUCGCAUUGAUGAAAACCAGGAGCUUCUUGCUCAUGGACUCAGCAAUGUUAUUCCAUCUUUUCUAUUUUGUAUACCGAAUGCAGCAGCUCCGGCCCGUACGUUUCUUUUAUACAACAAUGGGGCGAAGACACAGGUAGCGUGUUUAAUAUCAUGCUUGUUGGUCCUUCUGGUCAUAUAUGCCAUAGCGCCUUUCUUGUACUGGUUGCCAAUGAGUGUUUUGGCAUCCAUCAUUGUUGUGGGAUUAAAAGGAAUGCUCAUGCAAUUCCGAGAUUUGAAGAAGUAUUGGAAUGUUGAUAAGUAUGAUUGGGUAAUAUGGGUUUGCACGUAUUUGGUCACCAUAUGCUUUGCAGCAAAUAUAGGUUUGCUUUUUGGCGUUGUCUUCAGUGUAGCUGUUAGUAUAUUUCGAUUAACCAGAGCAAAGACAGUGCAUGGAAUUCAAGUGAAUGAAGACUUGAAUGAAGACAUUAAGCCGAUGCAUUCAGAGUAUUGCCACAAAGUGAAAGUUGUUUGUGUGGGCAUGCCGUUAUUCUUUCUCAAUGUCAAGAAGUUCCGCACUGAAUUCAUGGAAAUAAAGAAUGAAAUUCUUUCUAGAAAUUGUUUAUACAAGCACAAGGAAACCCCUUUACUGAGCCCAGUGACUAAUGGAGACUGUGCUGGAGACGUCUCCAGUGAUGACAUCAGCACCUUAGUCAUAGACUGCAGUGGAAUCACAUUUUUUGAUUUUACCGGAGCUGCUACCCUUGCACAGAUUUGCAUGGAAUUACCCAAUCAGGGCACCAACGUUCUCUUGGCAAGCUGUGAUGUUUCCCUAGUAGACGCUCUCCAGUACAGUGGAUUCAAUAUUAAAAAUCAGCUUUUUUUUGACUCUGUAAAAUCUGCACUUAUUGCCUUUACGUCGAAAGAGAGACAGACAACUAGAUUGGAAGCACUUGAAACAUCUGAUUUGUAGAAGGAUUGCAAUAGGUGUUUAAACACUACUGCUAUCGGCUAUGGAUAGCUUCUUAGUAAAUAUUGUUUGGUUAUGCCACUGUAAACCUUUCCAGUAUUAGGUGAUGUGGUAUCAAGGAAAAUGCACCUCUGAUGGACAUUUCCUCGGCUAAACUGUUCUAAUGAAGAGGAACAUCUGAUUUUGUUUUGAAACAUCAGAGACAGUAUUCAUCAUGUGAUGUUAAAACUGGCACUGUCUUUUUUAGAGGUAUUGUGCAAACAAAAACACAAGUAUAUGCAAUAGUGAAAAAGUGCUAAAUAGGUGCCUUAGUUUAGUGGAUAUUAAUUAAUUAUCUGCUCACCAAUGUGAACAGUGAAACAUGAAAUUCUUAACACGAAAAAGGUGGCUUCUCCUAGGUUCUUUCCAAAAUUUCAUCAUUGUAGUAUACAAUGCAGCGAGAAACAAUAGUUGAGAUGCAGUCCACGUUUGAGGAACAUAAUUGAUAUAGAUAAUAAUUGAUAUAGAGUGGGUAAAUGCAGUUGGAAUUGCACUGUAGACAAAGUAAAAGAGUUUAAAUUUACAAAAGUAAAUGAGUGUAAAGGCACUCAAAUAAAUAGCGGCAGAUUUCCCUUUAUGGACUCCUUUGCCCCAGACAUUUUUUAUAUUAUUAGGUGCCAAAUCUGCAAACAGACACACGUACAAUGGUGCAGGACGCUGGGGUAUAAGUGUAAACAACUAAUCUAAUCUCGCAUUGGCUCCGCAAUAAGAUACUUCUCACCCUUAGAAUUUUUUACUAUUAUUUUAUUGACAAAAAAAUAUGAAAAUAGUUACUAUACAUGCUUGAGUUCAAGGAUGUGGCAUUCAGAGCUGAAUAGUGGAGAAUUAUGACUGCACAAGAGACAGAGAUGGAUAUUAGAGAGCUGCAUUAAGCGAUCACUUUAUACAGUUUGGGUGCAUCCAUCAUGAACUGCAUGCAACUCAUGCACAUAUAUUUUCAUGUCAUUCAGCUGAGUCUCAGUCUUAGCCGAGUGACUGGGACAUGGAGAUAGCAGAAAUAGGUAGAGGAAUGAAGGGAAAGGGUGAGCUGGUGGACUAGUAGGACAGCAGGAGUUUUCUGUACAAGGAGCUGUUGUUCCAGCUGUGCAUAUGGAGAAAAGCUACAAAUACCCGACCAGAUACACAAAGGUACAAGUAGAAGAAACAUGAUCCAGGCACUCCAAUGCGCAAAAGGCACUUUUAUUGGAAGAAGGUGAACACCACGACAUUUUGACCCACACAGGAGUCUUUGUCAAACGACGUCACACCACAACCAACCCACAAUUUAUAGGCAGCGAAAAAGUGUACAAUCAUACAAUUAAACAAUUAAUUAUUCAAUUAGUAAAAUAGUAAAUAAGACUA